ACGAAUAUGAGACUUGAAUGUCGAAUCGGUCCAUCAGCACCGACAACUUUUUUCUCAUUCUCAUCAAUGCAAGAUUCAAGUUUAAAAAUAACUUUUCACACACACAUAUCUCCAUACAAAUAUAGUGUUUUAUAUGAACAACAACAAAGACAAUGGCAAUAAUGAUCAUGUCUUGUCUUAUUAUCCACAAUUUGCAAUUCAACAUUCAACAUUCUAAUUAAUUGAUCUUGUUAACAUUUCACAAUAAUCAUUUUGUAUGCAUUUACAAAAUGAUUAUGUCAAUGAUCUUUUGAAAGAUGAAUGAUCAAUAUGUUACUAAUACCAACAGUACUGUCGGUCAAACAUGCAUCAUUCGCAACAACAACAACAACAACAAAAAAACGACAUAAAAAAUGUUCCAGAAACUUGUUCCAUAAUCAGCAUGAUCGUAAAAUAUCAAAGAUAAACAAGAAAAAUGAUGAUCGAAGAUGGCCUUAUAUGGUUCAUUUAAUCACACAUAUUUCAGAGUUGAUGAUCGAAAUCAGAUAAAACACUCUGAGUAGUGUGGUUUUAAGAUUUAUAUGCAACAUCACAGCUAGGUCAUCACCAUUCAUCCAUUCAUCAUUGACACAGUGAUCAUUGAAAUUCGUUCAUAUUUGCAUAUGAAACAUUUUCUCAGAAAAAAAACAAGAAAAAAAUUAAUUAUUAUCACAAUGGCAUUAAUUAUUUGUGUGACACAACAAAGACAAAAAACUAAAACUAAACUAUUUCAUUUAAAGAAACACCAUCAUUAUCACCACCUUCGGGUCCAGUAGAUGUUUUGCUUUGGUUCGCAGUCAUUCUAAAUUAUGCAGUGAUGCUGGAGAAAAAAACAAUUAUGACGAGGAACCGAAAUUCAAUUUUUUUCAAAUUCAUUCCCACAAUACACGUGUGUAGCAGUGAUGGUUAAACUUUGCUCAUCUCAAUUUUCAAUUUGGUGCAAAUCUGACAAUACAAACAUGACGAUUACAAGUGAAUUUGAUUAAAACGAAAUAACGAACGAGAUUAAUCAAUUGAACGUGAUUGACAUUUCUUCUGUUAUUCAAAUCAAAACAUUAGCUGAGGCCAUGGUUUCUCAUGUUUCUCAUGUUUCGCUCCAAGAAAAUUUAAUUUUUAAUUUGUUUAUCCACAUGCAUCACAUCUUGAUCAUCUUUGUGUUUGAUAAUAACCAUUUUUAAAAACUCAAGCAGUGUACUGUUAUUCAAUAACAACGAGACUCUUCGCACUUGGUCCUGGAUCAGAUUACUGUAUAAAAGCUAUCGAUUCGAAUCAUGAUCAGCACACAAAGUAUUUAUUUGUUAUCGAGUUGCAAACCCAUUUCAAACAAAAUAAAAAUGCUCAAAUUAUUCAUCAUUUCUGCUUUUGUUGCUGUUGUCUAUGGUAGCUAUGGUGUUGCAAAAACUAGCUCAUCCCUUGGUUAUAAUCGUGCUGCCGGUCUUGGUGCCCGGCCACAAACUGUCGCCGCAGCCAUUCAAACAAGACAUGAGUUGAAUUUUGUUCAUGUUCCAACCACUCAAAAUUUGAAACCGACCACCAUUGAAAUCGGUGCUAGCAAGUUGCCAAUCACUAUUCUUUUCCGAUCAUCAAGUAGUUCAUUGAAUGUUCAACAAGCUCAUGAUGGUGCCACUGGUAGCACUCAAGAAACAUCGAGUGAAGAUGAACCUCAUCGCUUGGUUCAUACCGUUAAAAAGCCAAUAAUUCAAGAAUUGUACGAAAUCAUAACUCCAAUUCGAAAGAUUUCGCAGCAAGUGAAACCUGUGCAGGAAGAAAUAUUGACCGUGGUGGCCCGCAACCAAGGUGGACAAGCAUCUAGUUUCAGCGGUCUGGCUAGUACCAGUGGUAUUGCUUCACGUGGACGAUCUGGUUAUUAAAGUGGAAAUCAUUUGUUAAUUACACAAUAAUCGAAUCGAAUGAACGAAUAUUUGUACAUACUGCACAUUGAAAUCAAGUUUAUUUAUGAAUUAUUUGCCACAAAACAGUAAAUAAACUAGUGACGUUUUUAUCUAGAAA